CCGACAAGUGAAAAGUUACGACGGUUACGACGUGAACGACGAAAUGUCUCAAGUCUGUCUGGCUGACGUGCAACCAACUUAAGAUUAAAAACUCAUUACUAGAUGUCGCUAGUGUCGCCGAUGUUGUUCUUUCAUGGUGAAACGAGGCGAAAUUAGCGAAACUAAUUGUUGCUAAUUUAUACUUAUUCGUUAUUCCUGUGAUUAUCAAAUUCAAAAUUUAACUUCGUAUCUUAUAUGCAUACUGUCAGUCAUUCCAACAAGCUUUGACUUAGUAGUGCUCAGUCAAUUUCCAUCCAUUAGAUCCUCAUGCUGUCAAAAGCCUAAAACUCAUGUUUGAAGAGCACAUAAAGUGGAAUAUAAAUGUGCCGAGAUAAGGAAAUUUAUCUCAACAUGUGGAGUAAUGCUGUUAGUUGCUGUGAGUUCCAUUUUUUCGGUUUUGUCAUCAUGAACUUGUCAGUGUGCUUCUUAGAAAAGCACGCAGUUUCUUUGUGGAAUCGUGUGGUCCUGGCACGGAGAUUCCUGAGCCAACGCUGGCUUUUGUCCAUGACCAACGUUCUGCUCCAUCCUUAUCUUCCCGACGUACGCUCAUCCAGCUUCUGCUUCAUCGCUUCGUACCAAAAAUACAACUUGUCUUAUUACUUCACUGACGAGUUGGAACACUUCAGUGGUCGGCCUGGUCGCUUCCGUGCCGCUAUUACACACCUGCAGUCACUCACCACGGGAUUAUGCCCAGGUAAUGCAGAGGAGACGUCGAGAAGAUGGGCACGAAAACAUCUCCGUUAUCUCCAAAAUUUCCCCCUUGUCGAUGCGGUGAAUUGUCAGUAA